AAAAUUCGAAAACGCUUUCACUCCGUUAAACCUCAUCCAUUGCAACUCAGUGCGUCUAAAAUGGCACCGCCACCGUAUCCUGACUUGGGAAAGCUGGCACGGGAUCUGUUCAGGCGCGGCUACCAUCCUGGUGUCUGGCAGCUGGACUGCAAGAGCAUGAGCAGCCCGGGCAUUGAGUUUUUCACCACAGGAUUCGCCAGCCAGGAUCACAGCAAGGUGGCCGGCUCCCUGCAGAGCAAGUACAAGAUCGAGGACUCUGGUCUGACGCUGACGGAACGUUGGAAUACAGAUAGUUGGUUCUUUGGCGAGAUCGUGCAGAAGGAUAAGCUGGCCCAGGGCCUGAUGUUGGGCCUGGAGGGCAAGUUCCAGCCAAGUUCUGACUCCAAGGACGGCAAGUUCAAGCUGGGCUAUGUCGAGGACCAUUUCAACUUCCUCACUGACAUGGGCAUCAGCUCGAGCCCCAUCAUGAACUGCUCCCUGGUCUUGGGCCACAAGGAGUUCUUAGGCGGGCUUGGCUGCACGUUUGAUUUGGGAGACACAUCACUCAGCAGCUGGAAAGUUGCCCUGGGCUGGUCCAAUGAUAAGGCCACACUCCAUGGCGAGCUAAAGGAUGGCGACUCCUGGUUGGCAUCGCUCUUCUACAAGCUCAAUGACCAGAUCGAUGCCGCUGUAGAGCUGACCAAAACAGGCGGCGGCGGUGGCGGACCGGAGCCUGCAGAGGGUGAAGCAGAGCAGGCCGGCGGCAGCGACGUGACCGUCGGGGUGGGCAUGAUAUAUCGUCUUGAGGGCGAUGCCCUCAUCCGGGCCAAGAUCAACAGCAAGGCGGAGCUGGGCCUGGGCUAUGAACAGAAGGUGCGUGAGGGCAUCACUGCCUCCAUCUCGGCGGUCCUAGACGGGCGGAAUAUCAGCGAUGGCAACCACAAGUUUGGCGUGGGCUUGGCCCUGGAGUGCUAGAAGUGGUUGAAGUGGUUGAACUGGGAUAAGGGUUAUACAGUGGAUCAAAAUAUAAUAUUUAGCAGAUUGCGAGCAUUUUACAUUCCGAUA